AAGACACUCCCUCACUUUAAGGCUACAAGGAAAUCAUAAACAGGUUUCUGUGGUGGUUCUGCUGAUUAAAAUCUCCGAGUAGCAAUGGGAGAGUUUGGCGAGUUGUCGAACCUGCUGAAAAAAGCGAAGAAAAAGUCUACCACUGUGGGCAAAGUCUGGCUCACGGUGCUGUUCGUCUUCCGCAUCUUCGUUCUGGUAAUAGCUGCUAAAGAAGUGUGGGGUGAUGAGCAGUCCAAUUUCUUAUGUGACACUAAGCAACCUGGCUGUCAACUUGCUUGUUACGACUACACUUUCCCAGUUUCUCAUCUCCGCUUCUGGAUUAUGCAAAUACUUAUUGUUUCCACGCCAACGCUUAUUUAUCUGGGCUUCCUCAUUCACCAAGAAGGCAAGAAAAAAAAGGAAGAAGACAGGAAGGUUGAAGUGCUGUUGAAAGGUGAUGACCUGAACACCCAAGUCAACAGCAUCGUAGAUCAACCAUCCAAAAAAGACAAUAAUGGCAAAGUGCCAAUGAAAGGUAGAGCCUGGAAAAUAUAUGUCUGUAACAUAGUUUUUACGAUUCUGUUUGAAGUAGUCUUCCUUGUAGCUCAGUACUGCCUUUAUGGAUUUGGCCUUAAGCUGAUGUACCCCUGUGAGCGUUGGCCCUGCCUCACCAAAGUGUUCUGCUAUGUGUCCCGACCUACAGAGAAAACCCUCUUUAUCAUUUUCAUGCUUAUAGUAGCUUUAGUGUCUCUGCUACUCAAUGUUGUGGAGAUGUUCAUUCAAUGCCGCAAGAAAGAAAAAUUAAAGAAAGAAAUACAGACAAAUGGGAGAAUUCUAGGCAAUAGGCGUCCACUGGCUGUUUAGCAAACGGAAUAAAAAAAACAGUACAGCAUUGCCUUUGCCAAAAAGGUUUCACAAUACUAAAUGUGAACAUGAAUAUUCUGCCAAUUUGGACUCAUUUAUGUCUUUCAUUGUGACCAAAAUUGACUCCCAUUUUAGGGUACAACUUUAACAUAACAUCUUUAUCAGCUCAGCAAUAAGUUUAGUUUUAAGAUCAUAAAUUAUAGAACUAUCAUGUGAAAAUUACUAAUAAAACGCUGGUACAUGGAUACUGGCCAGGGGCCAGUGGGAGAUUCGGGAGGAUUCCCGACAAGCCGGUCUGUUUCAGGCUGAACAGGCCAGUGGUCAAAAUGUUUGUUUUCUCUCUCUCUAGGCCUAUCCCAUAA